CCGUAGCUUCCUGGAUUCUCAGCUUCGGCCUCCAUGCACGUCGCAAGUCUGUGCGUUGUCCCAUCAUGCCGGUGUCCCGAGGAGGCCAAGAGCUUUCACGAGUGACCACAUCAGGCACAUAUAGGUUGAUACUGUCGUACAAGCGCCUAUAGUAUCGAUGUAAUAGGACGCAAGAAGGGGAUGAAGAACAAGUGAUACAUUGGUGGCAGUAUGGAUCAACACAAGGCGCUGCUUCGGGCAAUCAACCCGUACGCCAUGUCUUCCGAAGCACUGUCGGUCGUCCAAGUACUCUAUGUAUGUGACCGUCCCACAAAUAUCACUGGGACUAUUCUCGAGCUGCGGAACACGUACGUCGUCGAAGCUAGGCAUUGUAAAAGAGACAUUUCGAGAUUAGUAGGGUACGUGUAUAGUGAUGAAGCAAGAGCAUUAGCGUGAAGUCGUCGAUCUCGGAUUGAGGCGAGCUGCGCCACACCGUCGGCUGCGUUGUCGACUUCCGCAAAAGCUUCAGCGUCGAAAAAAGUCGCCAUUGCCGAAC